ACAUUGUACACAUAUAUACAGUCAUAAACGUAACACUUCAUCCGAUUAACGUGUUGAUUAUACGUUUGACUACCUGUCCGUUUAAAUAUUCAUCUCCAAGUAUUUUGUAUUAUGAUAAAUACUUUAAGUCUUACUCCCACAAACUCACCACUGCCUACAUAACUUACAAUAUGACAAUUCUGUAUUAGCAUUUUCUCGACAGUUGGUGACAGUUAAUGCUAGCUAAUAAUGGAGUCCGGCGCGUUCGCUACACAAUACACCGCCGGUAUAAGAAAGUGUUUAGUUUUCCUUACGAAUUAAGGUAUGUGAAAUAAUUACAGGAUUAAGGGGAUCAUAUUUGCUAUUCCGUGGAGGUUGUUUGUGAAAAUGGACUAAAGUUUUAAUAGUAAUGCUAUUGUUUAAUUUGACCGCCCCAAAUAUACCUAAGCAUGCACUGCGCUGACAAACCAUACCGAUAUGGAUAUUUAAAUUUACCUGCCACAGAGAUUAGCUAAAGUGCUCCUUCGAUAAUGCCCAUAAUGAACAUAUUUGUGACCGUAUUCGACCGUUCAUACAUGAUGUACAUUGUAAAUUAAUUCGGACACCCGAUGGACGUUAAUGCUGGCUUUACUUGACCAAAUUCCCUGGAAUUCUUUGUGAUAUUACUGUAUUUUGUGUGCCUAUUGUAAAAAACAACCCGGACAGGACGUCAUAUUCUAACUCUCGACACUAAACUUUUCAAAUAAGGAUACGACUGCGGUAGGCCUGGAAGUGUAGCAGCAUACUAUUAUUCGGUUCAAAUGGAGAAGAAGGAAAUUUAAUUCCGGAAAAUCCGAUGGUGAUAUUAACAGGUUGCAAUGUUUGGACUACGGGUUCCGAUAUCAAAGACAUCUGUCGGGAAUGAAUUCGACAGCGUGCAGGCGAUUCUUUCAAAUAGUGUUUACAAAGAUGUAUCUUCAUUUUGGACAUCUCGGGCUGACAACAAAGGUCAUGUUGUAUACCUAGAGGUCAGUCCAGAAGCUGGACAACAGAAGAAAUCCUCUACUGGACAUGUUUGUAUGUGUGGAGCUGCUCACAAUGGAUUUUCCACAGAUGACACAGGCUACGGAACAGACAAUGAAGUGGACACCUUGACUCGACCAUCUAAGAAACAGAUGACUCUUCAUUUUCUACCUCAAAUUUAUUUUCAGAAAGUGUUCAUUAUAGAAACAGUGGCAGGAAAGUCAAUCAAACACAAAGAUAAUUCGAAAGUAAACAACUUGACGUUUAGAAAUGGCCAGACGUUUGAGCCAGAUCCAGUGUGUACAUGUGCAAUAGAAGAUAAUAGUGACCUCAUUGACUUCUUCAAUAUGGAAAAUAUACGAGAGAUUAAUUUGAAAGUAAAUCUGCAGAAUUCCAAAGUGACGUCUGUAGAUAAGUCCAGGAAGAUUGGCCAUGUUGGUAGAGCUUUGUGUAAAAGUUUGCUUGGAAUAGUUCCAGGAUAUUUUCAAUCUGGUGUUAAGAAAACAAAAGAAAAUGGUAUGCGGAUUUGUGUUCGAGGAUUUGUCGGAGAUGGACCAGCAUCGAAACAAUCUAAUAUUCAUAUAGGUGAUUGUCUGCGUUUAGUGAACGGACGAGAGGUUACCUGGGACAAUAUUGAUGAUGUGUUCACCAGCAUUAUAGACAGCAAACAGGUACGGAUUGUUCUACAAGAUGUGUCCCGGGCUGCCACUGUUCCAGUCCUGGUUAAGGAGAAGGUGUCCACAGACGAGGAAUCUCUAGUCAGACUUGUUACAGGGCUCUGCUUUGAUGACGCAGAGCAGUCUGAACAAGGGGAGAUAACCCAAUUCUCUAUUGUCUACCUCGACACAGAGAAACUGAAAUCUGAAGAAAAUGUCCGUGAUGAAGAUAUUGUCUACAGAUUCCCAGCAGAUAGCAAUCACGAUCUGCUCCCAAAUCUACGAGGAUGUUUUGUCACCAUUCAUCAACUUUUAAUGGAUAUUUCGGAAUCAACUGUCAAAAGAACAACAUUUCAACAUGAAAGGGAGACAAUCCAUGUCAGUUACCACAAAGAAGAAACUGGGUUGUUGCUUGUUAUGUAUCCAGCCAAAAAAAUUAUUCCAGCAUUACUGCCAUCAUUGGUAGAGGACAUAGUACGGGUACUGCGUGUCCAGUAUGGGUCAGUUGCUGAGGCCUUUUCCUCCAAUGACCACAUCCAGGAACUGGACAGUUUCUUUUCCCUCUUCCACCACUGUCUGGGAGUGUGUACGCUGAAGUCUCCAUCAAACCUCACUGCGGGAUAUGGUGCUACAAAAUGUCUCAGCUGUUUCAACAAUGUGCAAUAUCUACCCCUCUACACUACCUUUAAGGACAAAAUAGAAAAAAUAGUCAAUAGUUUUGAAGCUGCAGACUUUUUCGAUAUGUCGGACAGUUUCUAUGGAUGUAGAAGAUCCUAUACUAUCCUAGGAUCCUGUUUGUUUUACAAGGCCCAGUUGUUGUGCAAUCACUUACCAAAGAAUGACCUCUGUGACCUUCACCUCUACCUACGCUACCAUAACUUAUUGACAUUGAGUGGCCGUGGCGGAAUGGAUCAACUCGUUGUCUGGCGGGAAGUUCACCCGACACGUCAGUGGUACGACCUUGGCGAAGAGCAGAUGUUCGGUUACUCGGAACCAGUCACGGCUCGCUGGUUUUGGCUCAUCGUUGGUUACAAACAUAGCCUGCUGUGUGUGUUGUUGGAGGCAGGAGGAUGUACAACAAAAUUACCCGCCCUUUGUAUGCCUGAUCCGUUUUACAUUGACCAGUGUCGGGCCACACUGAUGCAGAUUGUUGCUCUCGGUUUACCUGCCCACUGUGAUACGAGUUACAGCAGUCCAGUUCAGACGCUGAUGUGUCCAAGGGGGAAUAAAUCUCUGUCACCUUCCUCUCCCUCCAAGAACACCACAGCUGACUUUUCCAGCUCCCUUAGGAGACAGACACACACCCUCACGAGGAAAGAUUCCUUCCACUCCGAUGGCUCAUCAGCCAGUAACUCCAGUGGCGGAAGCAUUGUCAAGAAAGGAACACCAACCAAGAUGCGCCUUUUCCAUGUCGACUACAGUCAUAGCAACGAAUUGGCACAGGAUGAUUUAAAGAACAAGAAAAUAAAAUUGACUGUUGGCGCCGAGAACUGCCUCCUCCACUUUCUACACAUCGACAAGAUUGAUGGGGUUUUUGUUAACCCCACAUUAGGGACACACGAGCUUGAGAAGGACAUCACACACAAUUUUCACCUCUGCUGUACCCAGAUCAAACACAUGUUUGAUAGGUACAGAUAUCGAAAGGUAAACAUCUGCAUGAGCCACAAUAGUUCAAAAAACACGAAGACAGAUGAGUGUGAGAAUGACUAUCGUAUGCCGUCCCAUCCCGAUCCUAGCUUCUAUCACCUCCGUGAGGAAGGGGUCUUGUUUCAUGUGCCUCAGUCUGAUGCAGAUCAAAAAGUCCAAGAAUCAUACUGGGUGGUUGGUCGUCAAAGAUCCAAGACAGAGCUUUAUGUGUGCUUCAAGGAUGGCACCCCUCAAAACUUGGUGGAGUUGGCCUUCCGAAUGGGAUUCGGCCUCAAAGUCUAAAACAGAUGAUGAAGAUGACGAUAUACCAGCAGCAGUAUAAACUAGUCAAACUUUUCUGUUAUCCUAGACAGAGAUAUACAUGUACCAUGUCAGCGAAAAAUAUUGCACUGAAGUUUUUGUAUCCCUCAAUCACAGGCAUUGGUAGCAAAUUACGGACCUUAAUCAACAUAAUAAGAAAACAUUGACGUCUAUUAUGUGCAGGUUGGUAAUUUGCUAUCGUUCCCUGUGCUCUCAACUAUUAAUAUGUGGAAAUCUUAUAGUUACAUAGAGAAUAUCACAUUUAGGUUUAUAAUGUAAUAUGAGAUUUAUGCAACAAGUACAUUGAUUUAAUAUAGGCCGAGCCUCUAGCUUAGUGGUUAAAGUUGGUUGUUCAAUAUUAGAUUAUCUGUUGACUUUAAUGAAUUCCAUAUUAGAGUGACAUGAGUUUAAGAUUCUGUUCAUUGCAUUGCUCAAUAUAUAUAUAAUGUCAAAGCAUGUGAAACUUAUCAAAUCAGUUUCCCUAUAGGACAGAUAAGUUUUGAGAAAGCCGAUAUUUUUUUUGACUGUAUAUAGACAAUCAUGUGAAGGCAUGUACAUGCACACAUUAAUGAUUUGACAAUCAUGUAACUAUACGUGUGUUUUAAGAUAAUUAUGACAUGGUUAUGUAUUCAAAACAGACCAGUGAUGUAUGUAAUUUCUUGGGAACAAGUACAGGUCUUUAAUUAUAUAAAUUAAACUCGUUAUUACAAUCUCUCUGAUGUUCCCUUCUACAAUGAUACCACAGGCCUCGUUAAUUUUGACUGCAAUCUAUCCCAUGCACCUGAGGGGAUGCAGCUAGGUAUAAAUUGGUCACAUCGUCUGACAUUUCAAAAAUCUGUGUCGGCCUUUCAGAUACUCGCCAUCAAUGGAAUAGCUACCUGAGUAUACUUUGUGGUGUUUUAAUUGUCAAGUUGGCAAAUUUAUUUUACACUCAUGUUACCCUUAGGAAGUGCAGUACAGAAAAAUGAUAGUUCAAAUUUUGUGCAAUUAAAUUGUUGGCACUUGACUUCAUCGAUUAAUUGUACCUAGGAACUCAUCGAAUUUAGAAAAGAGAUGUCAAAUUAAACAGUUUAGAAAUUCAUAGACAUACAAGUUUGUUAAAUAAGAGUACCAAUAAAAUCAAGGAAAAUGAACUCCCCACUAAAAAUUAUUAUUUUACAGUAUAUUGUUAUAGAUAAUGCCUUUUGUUGUACAGUGUUUACUCAGAAUCAAUAUUUUAUUAUCAGGUUACGUGAUAUUAUUCUAGUCAAAUAUAUAUAAAGUGUAUCUAUGUAUAAGUAAUACUUUGUUCAAAUCAAAUUAUUGAUAAUUUUGUUAUAUACAUAUAUGUUUUGAAUAAACCGAUCAAGUUGAAUGUUAAAAAUCAAA